AUGCCAAUGAUGAAAGUGACGGGGAUAUGGUCUUUGGAAAAGGAAAGGAAGCGAAAGUUUGUAGAUGACUGUGGAUCAUGGAGGGGAAUCUCUAUGAAAACAAUUGAAUACCUGGCAAAUCAAGGAGUUUUAGAAACAUUGUACAAAAGGAAAGGAAAGUAUUGUCUAAGUGUUAAAAGGGCACAAGUUCCAUUAGAUCCACAACCAGAAACAUCUGAAAUCUACACAAUGGAAAGAUAUUAUACUAAAUGUGUCACAUUUCCAAACUACCAAAGAAGGAUAACAUUGUUUGAGCAAAUGCUAGAAGAAGAAAACUCCACGGUGGUGGUUGUUGAGUGCCUCGGUGAGUGGCAAGGUUCAGCACCUCAUGGGAAUGCUAAAAGAACAACCCAACCUUACAAAAAAACACCACUGAACAUCAAUCAGUGA